UAGCCACAGUCAAACAAGGGGGCUUCUUUCCACUGACAGGUGAGAACUGCAAACAGGCCAGGCCAGAGCGUUAAAGGGCAGAGAUGUUGCCUUGCAGAUGUCAAUGGGUGUGGGUGCACCACAGGCACUUAUCUCCCCUGGUGCAUGCAAACAGGCUCUGCAUUUCCCCCCGUUGAUUCUUGCAGCUUGUCCGCAGUGCCUGCUUUGGCAUCGGAUCGCUCUGUGGGUGGGCUGGGCCGGGAACAUCGUCCUGCUGGGAGCUGUGAUCGCGCUGGCUGUCCUGGUUGGUCAGUGCCCAUCCCAGACUCACCCCACAGCAGCCGUCCAGCAGACCGCUCAGAAGAGCAAUUCAUGUGAGAUCAAUGAAAACACACCAGCGUGCAACCGUACACUGGAGGGUUUCCGAUCUUACCUGAAGCGGAAUUUGUGUGGGGUGGAAAACAGCUCGGCAGAGGGCUCUGGGUGCAAACUCUGCCCCAGGCACUGGGUGCCGCACAUGGACAAGUGCUACUGGCUGUCGGAAGAGAAUCAGUACUGGAGCUGGGGCCGUGAUGACUGCUCACGGAGGGGGUCUCACCUGCUCGUGAUCCAGGACCGGGAGGAGCUGGAGUUCACACAGAAUCUUACAGGAAAUCGUAUUCCGGUGUGGAUUGGACUCAACAUCACCUCCCCAGGGAGGAAGUGGACCUGGGUGGAUGGUUCCCCGUUAAAUCAAACACUAUUCGCGGUAUCAGGUCCUGCGGAAGAGAACAGCUGUGCUGCAGUCAAGAAGACUCAGAUCAAGUCUGAAAUCUGCAACACUGACUAUAAAUGGAUUUGCCAAAAGGAAGCUGUGCUCAUUUAACCGGCUGGAUUGGUGGCCUCUGUUUGAAUAGGUGGAAUGCAAAAUAUCGUGUGUCUGUCUUUAUUA